AUGAAUACUCCGAGCUACUCACCAAAUUAUUACAGUUUAGAGGAUAUUUUGAUAACGCAGGAACGUGUACCAUGCCAUACGACACAGGAUCUUUAUAAGAUGGGAUUUUUGGAUGCAUCGGAACAGUCAGCAAACUUAUCCAGCAACCACAAACUAGAGCUACCGCUAUGGGUGUUGCUUCAACAAGACGAGAGAAGUCCACUCUUUGAAGCGCAAAUACCAAGCAUUUAUGGUGCGGCUUACAAAGAAAUUUACAAAGCAGACGCCAAUUAUGUUGAGCUGGGGGCUUUGUGUAAAUAUUACUACGAGCUCGGGAUCUAUCUAACACGUUUCGAUAGACAGAACAAUGUCUCGGAGAUGCUACUGUCUGCGGCCCAGGAACGGAUGAAACGGUUGAAAGAUCUCUGCCAGAACGUCGGCAACGAAAGCUUGAAUAUUAGCAACAAGUUCGAGUUCAUUGAACGCGUGCUGUUCAAUGAGGGCUGCAAAACGAACAAACUGUUUGACGAUUGGUUGCAACAGAGACAGAUUCACAUAAAAUCGACCGAAAUCGCAGUCAACAUACGCAAACGAAAGCGAAGUCCUGAAGGGGAAACACAAGAAGAGCAAUAAACCCUUUCGCG